AUGGAUUUACGAUUAUCCAACAAAACCGAUUUACAAUUCGAAGCCCAACAAAUCAAAUGGUAUGCAAUGAUGUUCAUUCGAUGCUUCUGCUUAAUCAUGAUUCCAUUUGGUACUAUUGGUCAUUUAUUAAGUAUCUUCAUUUUUACUCGUCGAACAUUGAGAACGAAUCCGUGUGUCAUGUACCUAUUUGCUGCGACUGUUUCUGGACUUCUUAGCUCGUGUUUCAUUCUCCCGAUGCGACUAAUCCAAGCAGGAUACAUCGACAUCGAUCCAGCUGUUCAUUCACUCAUCU